AUGGGGCCGACCCACCAAGCCCAGGCUUGGCUCAGGGCGGUGCAGGAGAUCGAGUCCAGGGCGGCCGUUUUCCGGGUUUCCUUCCAGCAGAGGGGGGCCUCCUCUGAGGGCUCUUCUUGGCGGUCCUCCUAUAAGCUCGGUUGUGAAGCUGCCGAGUGCCUGAAAGAAGUCCAGAGGCUGAAGACCCAAAAGAAUAAUCUCCUCCCCCUACUCAUCCCGGCGCCGCCGCCCGCGGUGGUUCCGCAGCCGAUCUCUUCAGCCUCCAUCGUGGACGCGGAGAAGACGUUGUCGGAGAUCUGCAGCCUCCUGGAAGACAAUGAAGCGCCAGUCAUCAGGAUCUACGGCAUGGGAGGAAUAGGGAAGACGACCCUCUUGAAGGCGAUCAACAACGAGUUCCUCCAGAGGGGAUCCGGCGGUUUCGAUCUGGUGAUUUGGGUCACCGUCUCCAAGGAGCUUGAUGUCCGGAAGGUUCAAGAGGACAUCGCCGUCCGGCUGGGCUACUCUCGCCCCGGAAAAGGCCAGGGCCAGACCCUCCCAGAGCAUCUAACCGACAGGGUCAACACCCUACUGAGCGCCCUCUCCAAGAGGAAUUUCCUUCUGCUGCUGGACGACCUGUGGGAGAAACUAGAUCUCGAAGCUGUAGGAGUCCCCUUCUCUUCCUCUUUCAGGAACGGAAGUAAGGUAUUCUUCACCACACGAUCAGAGAAAGUGUGCAACGAUAUGGACGCUCAGAGGAAAGUUAAGGUGCCCCUCUUGAAUCGAAAGAGCUCUUGGAAGCUCUUCUGCCAAAAGCUGGGCAGGAAAGAAGACCAGUGGGACCCAUCUAUGAGAUCUCUCGCUGAAGCCGUUGCCCCAAAAUGCGGCCUGCCGAUCACCCUCAUUACCGUAGGCCGGGCCAUGGCAGGCGUCACGACCCGUGACGAGUGGCAAGUGGCUCUCAUGGCGCUGAAGAGCAUACCCGUGGAGCUCGGAGACAUGAAAAAGGUUCUAAUUCUUCUCCAGUUCAGUUUCGACCGAUUGAAAGAUACAUCCGCCAAGGAGUGCCUUCUCUACUGCGCCCUCUUCCCAGAGGAUCACAACAUCCUUAUAAGCGAGCUCAUUGAUUACUGGGUGGGCGAAGGGCUCUUAGAUAGGGGAUCCUAUCCCGACCCCAUUGACAGAGCUCGUAACCGCGGCCUCGGUGUCAUCACCAAUCUGAAGGCUGCCUGCCUGCUAGAAGACGGGUUCUGGAAAGGAAGACAGGUGAAGCUCCAUGACACGGUCCGCGAGAUGACUUUGUGGAUAACCAGCGGCGAAGGCUACGAGAGAGGGAAUAUCUUCUUGGUGAACUCCGGGGAGCAGUUGAGGCACGUGCCGACGCCGGAAAGAUGGACGGAGGCGAGAAGGAUAUCUCUGAUGCGUAAUGAGAUACGCCUGCUCCCUGAGGAGCCUCGUUGCCCCAAUCUGCAGACGCUGUUGCUGAACGACAACGGACGUCAUUUGGAGGAAAUCCCCGGUGGGUUUUUCCCGUUCAUGCCGAGCCUUCGUGUUUUAGAUCUGUCGUGGACGGGAAUAAGGGUUCUCCCCCCGGAAGUCGGGUCACUGGUAGAACUGCGGUAUCUCGAUCUAUCAUUCACUUCCCUGGAAUCAUUACCCAUGGAGGUCAGGAAUUUGACGAAGCUGAGACAACUGCAUCUGGAGUACACGAAUCUUCUUAAGAGUAUCCCACGCGAGGCGGUCUCAUCGCUUGAAAGGCUGCAGUCGUUGAACAUUUUUAACAGUAACUAUGAGUUUAGAGCAGGAGGGGAGGGCGGUGGUAGCGAUGGUGUGAUUGACCAUGAGGGGAGACAACUCUGUCUAAAAGACUUGGAGGACGGCAUGUGGAACCUGACGGAGCUCGGUAUUUCUACAACAGGCAUGACGCAUGAAGACAUGCAGGCUGUACUAAACUCUCAGAGACUGUCUGCGUCGAUCAGAUUUCUAUGUCUGCCAGAGGUGGGAAUCCAGCCUUUAGAUUUGUCUGCUUUUCUUGAGAUUAUGAAGGGCGAGAAGGCUUGA